CGAGGCCGGAGGCGGCGCGCGGGCCUGGGGAGGCGGGGCGGCCCGCCGCUGCCGGCGCUUGCUCGCCGCUCGCUCGCUCGCUCGCACUCGGUCGCGCCGCGGGGCAGGCAUGGGAGCCGCGCGCGCCCUCCCGGCGCCCACACCUGUCUGAGCGGCGCAGCGAGCCGCGGGCCGCGCGGGCUGCUCGGCGCGGAGUGGUGCUCAGCAUGGCGGGGAUUCCAGGGCUCCUCUUCCUCCUCCUCCUCCUCCUCCUGCUCUGUGCUGUGGGGCGUGUGAGCCCCUCCGGUGCCCCCUGGAAACCCACUUGGCCUGCCUACCGCCUCCCUGUGGUCUUGCCCCAGUCUACCCUCAACUUAGCCAAGCCAGACUUCGGGGCCAAAGCCAAACUGGAAGUGUCCUCCUCAUGCGGACCCCAGUGUCAUAAGGGAACUCCACUGCCCACUUACGAAGAGGCCAAGCAGUAUCUGUCUUAUGAAACGCUCUAUUCCAACGGCAGCCGCACAGAGACGCAGGUGGGCAUCUAUAUCCUCAGCAGCAGCUCAGGGGGGGCCCGAGGCCGAGACUCAGAGUCUUCCGGAAGGUCUCGGAGAAAGCGGCAGAUCUAUGGCUACGACAGCAGGUUCAGCAUUUUUGGGAAGGACUUCCUGCUCAACUACCCUUUCUCAACAUCAGUGAAGUUAUCUACGGGCUGCACCGGCACCUUGGUGGCGGAGAAGCACGUCCUCACAGCUGCCCACUGCAUCCACGAUGGAAAAACCUACGUGAAAGGAACCCAGAAACUUCGCGUGGGCUUCCUGAAGCCCAAGUUCAAAGACGGUGGUCGAGGGGCCAAUGACUCGAGCUCAGCCGUCCCCGAGAAGAUGAAAUUUCAGUGGAUCCGGGUGAAACGCACCCACGUGCCCAAGGGUUGGAUCAAGGGCAAUGCCAACGACAUUGGCAUGGAUUAUGACUAUGCCCUCCUGGAGCUCAAAAAACCCCACAAGAGAAAGUUCAUGAAGAUUGGGGUGAGCCCACCUGCUAAACAGCUGCCCGGGGGCAGAAUCCACUUCUCUGGGUAUGACAACGAUCGGCCGGGCAACUUAGUGUACCGUUUCUGCGACGUCAAAGACGAGACCUAUGACCUGCUCUACCAGCAGUGUGACGCCCAGCCCGGGGCCAGCGGGUCGGGGGUCUAUGUGAGGAUGUGGAAGAGACAGCAGCAGAAGUGGGAGCGAAAAAUUAUUGGCAUCUUUUCAGGGCACCAGUGGGUGGACAUGAAUGGCUCCCCACAGGAUUUCAACGUGGCUGUCAGGAUCACCCCUCUCAAAUAUGCCCAGAUUUGCUAUUGGAUUAAAGGAAACUACCUGGAUUGUAGGGAGGGGUGACACAGUCUUCCUUCGUGUCAGCACUUAAUGGUCUUCAUGUACUUAUUUUAGGAAAGGCCAAAUUUUGUCAUUGGCAUGCACACGUGUGUGUAUGUAUGUAAUGUGUCCUAUGAUGUCUUUUAUUGAAUUUCUUAAAAUUGCAAGAUGUGACAGGCUUUAUUAUUUGAAAACUGGUUUGUGUAUCAUAUCAUUUAAGCAGUUUGAAGGAGUACUUUUGCAUAGAAAUUAAAAAUAUACUGAUGUUUGGGGUAAUGGGGAAUGUUUUGCAAUUAAGUUAAUCUUUCACCUUUUUGAAAACUGAUUUUUAUUUCAUCUGAAGUUUCAAAAGUUUAUAUUAAAUAUGUGGCAUACAGGAGAUGAAUUCUUAUGUGUGUGUAUGUGCAUAUUUCCUUCUGAGAUUCAUCUUGUUUUGUUUUUUCCAAUGCCUGAUCCUUAAUGCUUCCAGAUGGUAGUAUUCCCACCACAUAAUAACUCUUAGGAACUUUGACAACACUUCUUAGGCAGUCAAAGAUUUGGAGACAUUUGCACAGUAGUCCUUGAACAGUAAAAUAAUCUAUUGACUGUACUGAUACACAUAUUAAACUAUACCUUACAGUAAGCCAGUAUCCCAACCUGCUUUUAGUUUUGCAAAUAGUUUCUCUGCCAAAUGUGGUUGCUCUACUUUGCAAGAAGUCUUUGCAUGUGGUACUGCCAGCUUUGCAGUCACACCAGAAUAGUCAAGAUUAUUUAUCCCAAUCCUCCCAUUUCACAGGAUUUCACUCACAUUUCUAGAACUAGCUAUUUUUCCGAAGAUAAUAAUCAGGGCCUAAUUAGAACAGGCUGUAUUGCUUCCCAGCUAACAGUUGUGGUCACGCUAAAAACAAUCAUAGCAUUUUACCCCCUGAGUAUAGCACAUCUCAUGUUUUAUCAUUUGGAUGGAGUAAUUUAAAAUGAAUUAAAUUCCAGAGAACAAUGGAUGCAUUGCUCGGCAGAUGUUACAGCAGAAUAACCACUUGUUUGGAGGCUGGCACAGUCAUGCAGCCUAAUCAAAAAUUAUUCUGCAUAGUUUUCAACGUGCUUUCAGGAGGCUGUGUACAUAUUCAAUUUGGCAACUUUUCUCCCUCACUUAUUUUAUAGUAAAAAUACUUGGAAGUUGCUUUAAGAACAAACAGUAUGACCUCUUCUUUUUCGCUAGCUUUAAAAGGGCCACUUUUGCUAGAAUGCUGCAGACUGCAGGCAUAUAUAAUCAGAUAUAAUAGUAAAAAUGGUAAUUGGGAGAAUGCAAAAUGGAUUAGAAUCAUGCACUCCAAUAAAGGUUUUUAUGAAUGUUUUAUCAAUAUGAUAAUCAUAGCAUAUAAAGAAAGACUUUGACGUAUUCUGUGUUUUCAUUUUGCUGCCUUCAGACUAGGCACUUCUUUCUAAAUGUUUCAGGGGAGAUAAAAACACAUGGACUUCAAGGCAGAUGUUUGCUGUGCUUGCACCCCAGGUGAUUUCAACCUGCAUUGUGGCAAUUUGUAAGGACAUUCAAAGAGAGCACUGUCACUUAAACAUUCCCUGAGUGCCUUUUUGCUUGUGUUUCUUGAGCUUUUCGGAAGGAUAAUUCUGAUAAGGCACUCAAGAAAGGCUUUCUUCAAAUCAUGUAAGAAAUACUAUGCAUAGCAAGGAGAUGCAGGGGUGUCAGGAAUCUUCUGAGUUCCAGUACAAUUUGCUUUGGAAUCUAACAGGAAUCUAGCCUGAGGAAGAUGAGAGGUCUCCAUUUCUAUGUCUGGUAUUUGGGGGUUUUGUUUGUUUUUGCUUUAGCUAGAUUUAAAAAAAAAAAAAAAGUUCACCGAAUACCUAGACCAGAACUGAUUUUUUUUAAAAAAUAGAUGCUCUUUUUAUGAAGCACCUUGAUUUCUUAAUUUCAAUUUUUGCAAAGUUAGACAAUGGCACAAAGUCAAAAUAAUAUCAAUGUUUAGUUCACAAAUAGAUGUAACUUACUCGAAAAUGGUAUUCAUGUGCUGCAUAUAGCUUAACUCAUGGAACCAUGAAAGAAUAUUAUAGAAUAAUUCCAUAUGUCUAUCUUUUCAGUGGUAAAGAAAAAGAAAGCAUGGUAUUAAACUAUCACAGUAGUUGAAAGAAAAAAUUAAAAGAAUUGUAUUAAUUCUUGCUUUACAUGUAUUAGUUACAUACAUUGUAAGCAUAUUUGCCUAGCAAGGCUAGUAGAACCACAUUUCCCAAAAUGUAUUCAUUAAACACCCAUCCCUCCAGAUUUCCUACCAUAAAUACUAUCAUCAAGUAGGAGGAAGAUGGCUCUGAAUACUCUCUCUCUUUUUAUCAGGGGUUCACAUGCCUUUUUGCACAUUAAGAGCUCUGCGAAGUCCUAUAGUAAAGGGACAUUUUGAUGUUUUAAAAUCUGUGUUUCAAUAAACAUCUUUGCUCAUGGAA